AUGGCUGAAACGACACAUUAUAACCCACCGUUUGCAACCGGUGUUGGUUCACAACCCCCGGCUCCUACCCCCGGUGCUCGCAGAGGCCAGCGGUGCGGUCCGGGCCUGCAAGAACAAGAUGCUUUUUGGGCUCCGGACGAAGCCGCCCUGACGGCGCUGGCGGAGACCCUGAAGCAGCACAGCAUCGACCACGAAGUGUGGACGGAGCAGCCCGAGAACACGGCCACCUGCCUGGCGCUCAGGCCCUACCCGAAGGACCAAGUGCACCAGCACCUGAAGAAAUUUAAAUUGCUGAAGUGACCGCGACGGUGACAGCUUUUCUCCUUGGCCAGAGCCGAGCUCAGCCCCGGACCGGCGCCGGGAGGAAAGCUGCUGUGUCUCGGGAGCGCUGUGCUAAUGGCUCAGCAGCAGGUAGCCUCCUCCUUGCGUGGCGAUGGCAGUUACAGAGUGUGAAACGGUUCUUUGGCGGGGUGGAUUAAAUGUUAUUCUGUGCAGAAA